UCCUGUGAUGAGAGCGGAAACACAGGUGCUAUCCCCACCACAACAGCCCCCAGAGCCUGGGCCAGAGAGGAGUCAUGGACAGGUCCCAGGCUCUGGUCCUGCUCUUGGCACUGCUGACACUCUGCAUCACUGCUGGGACACCUGAGGUAUGGGUGCAAGUUCAGAUGGAGACCACCAAGUCCCCAUUCUUCAUUGUUCGCUGUGGAUUCCUGGGAUCUAGCACUAUAUCUCUGGUGACUGUAAGCUGCAGGGAGCCCGAUGGUGCUGGAGGGACCAUGCUGGCUGUGUUGCAUCCAGAAUUGGGCACCCAUCAGUGGCACCCUGCUCGCCAGGCCCACUGGGAAACCAGAACCAGCAUCUCGCUCACCCUGGAAGGGUCUGAGAAAAGCCCCAGUCCCAACACCACCUUCUGCUGCGAGUUUACUUCCUUCCCUGAGGGCUCCCAGGAGGCCUGUGGAAACCUCCUCCUUGGCACAAACCAAGGGCUCCCUGCCCCUACUCCAGCUCCUAUUCUGCGGGCUGACCUUGCCGGGAUAUUGGGGAUCUCAGGGGUCCUCCUCUUAGGCUGUGUCUAUCUUCUCCACCUGCUGCAUCGGCAGAGGCACUGGUCUGUCACAAAGCUUCAGCCACCCCUCAGCAGCCCCCAGACACAGACAAGAGAAAGGGCAGCCAGCCAAGUCUCCCUGGCCUCUCUCCACAUCCCGUAUGCCACCAUCACCACCAACCACUUGUGCCCCACAGCUCUGGAUAUGGUCCUCCCACCCCAGGCGUUGUCCAGGUGUGAGCCGAUCCCCACCCACACAGAACGCCAGCCUGCCCCCUGGGCACCUCUGCCAGCCUCUGCUCGCAGCAGUUUCAUAUCUGUUGAGAAUGGACUCUAUGUUCAGGCAGGAGAGAGGCCUUCCCACAUCCGUUCCUACCUCAACCCUUUCCCUGACCCUCUGGGGCCCAGAACCAUGGAGGGACAUUUAGGAGUUCAAUGAGAGAAGCCCCAAAUCCACUCAACUCUCCUCCCCUCCCAGGCCUCUGGGCCCCCUUCCGUUGGUGUUUGCACAUCUUAUUAAGCCUCUAAUAAGUGUUUCCACACAUACCCAUCCAGGGCCCACUUGCGGCGGAUGUGGCCAGCGUGUGUGCUUGUGUGGGCACAUGUGUGUAUGAGAGAUGACGAAACCCACCCCAAGUUGUUUCCUGUUUUCAAGUUCCUAGCCCUCCCGGGUGAUGUCGAUAACGAAGUCAACAAAAAUGGUUUAUGUGACUGGGGCCUUGGCUGGACCUUUUCUUCUUCGGAAGUUUCAGAGUUUAGAGGCAGUUUCAACCUCUGGGAGGCAGGAGCCAGUUUAGAAUCACAGGGGGCAGGGCCGCAGUACAGGAUAUCUCUCCCUUGCCCCCACCCACCAGACAGGGGUUUCCUGGGGCUGGGGUGGCCAUGUCAGGCAGGGAACUCCUGGUCCUGCAGACCUUGCUGAGGGAUAACAGGUGAGAUUAACAGGAUUUGGGAUCUGAUGGCCCCAGGCAGGAGAGUCCAUAUUCAAAUCCCACCAUGUCCUAGGACAGCACAAGGGCUUCUGGGGCUUCAACCUGAGAAAAGACCCUGUGGUCUGACCUGGUGUCCCCACAGCAGGGCUCCCUGAGAUGGCCUGGGGGUGGAGUCCUGAUACCCCCAUCCAGAGCUGACACUCAGAGGCAGGGGACCCACCUCAUAUCUUCCCACAGUGGCUUCCUUUUGCUCCUCUCCUGCUACUAGAGCACCAGGACUACUCCCCACUGGCCACUGGCAGACAGGUCCACUCAACACAGAGACAACACACGCUCCCCUGCCCACUAAUCUCCCCAUCCAGGAGGUGGCUCUCCUUCUGUAAACAGGCCUAGCAGCCUGGGCAUCAUCAUACAUUUGCCACAUGGUGAGCGAGCUCUAUAAGCUGAGAGGCUCCACAGGAAAGUGGCAGAUUCCUGGGAGGUGGGAGAACAAUGUAGUCCUGGAGCUAGACUCAGCCUGCACCCCCAACCAGGGUGAACACUAGAAAGGGGCCACUUGGACUCUUUCUUGGUCCUGAAUGUGGGAAAUCCCAGGUAGUACUAGCUGCCAAGUCAGAAACCACCCUCUCUGCUUUUGCCUGGCUCAGGGAGGGCCUGCUAGGAGGCUAUGUCCAACCACAGAAUUUUCUAGCAACCCAGCUUACUAUUCCAGGCAUGCUUGGAAGAGGCCUUCCCAGAACCUAGGCCCAUCCAGCCAUGCUCCACAUUGCACUUGAGAGAGGGUGAACCAGACAAGGUGAGGGGGUGGUGAAGGGGUUAUUGGGCCUGCCUCCCUCAGCCAGUGAUCAUCCUCCUCCACUGAGAAGCCCUCAGCACUGGUCUAGCCAGCUCAGUGGUCCCUGCAGGGCUGGGGAUUUAAGGGAGAGGGGUAUGGGUGCUGCUGAGGAGGGUGAGGGAGAUGUUAGUAAGGGAGUGAGUAGCUCAGGGUCCAUAGCCUUGGGAUCAUGUGGGAGCAGUGACGGUGGUUUGCAGGGCAGUGGGGCUUGCAGGGUCUCAGGUGGGGCUUUAGGGGAUUUCUCUAGGAAGGGACUGUUCAUGGGACAAGGAGAGCUCUGAGGGAUCCCCGGCUCUCAGCCCAGCUCCCAGCCAGAUCACUUGCCUAUAAUGGAGUUUGGGGAGAGGUCUUAUGGCCUAAGCCUGUCUUCCACAAACAAGCUCAAGAGGCCACAGUGCAGCCUGAUCUCAGUGGUAUGUAGAACCAAAAACCUGGGGACCCAGGAAGUCUCCACAGCUGGCUUGCUCCCUGCCGUCUCUCAGCCUGCCAGAUGGGUGCAAUGCAAUGAAACUACAAGCACACACUGCUUGGAGUGAGGGGGAGCUUUGCAAGGGAGCAAAUGCUC